UAAGGAGUUAUCGGAACCGACAAUUUCACCCAUCUCAAUUUUGAUGCUCUACAGCGAUGAGUGAAUUUCACCCAUCGGGAUUCACUCAUCAUACUUCAUUGGGUACCGUACGGCGAAAAUCGUAUUAUACGGGCCUAUGCACCAGCUACAGCAAAAUUAAGCAAGUUUUACGACUGUUUGUACCCAGCCCGUAUGGAUACUUUCGUGUCGUACUUCUCACCCCAUGGGGCGGAGAUACUCUCCAUACUUUUCCCCGCAGCGGCAGGGUGAAAACGUAGUUCGUCCUAUACUGUGAUGUGGGGUAGCGUGAAUAGGAAGAUCUCAUAACUUAUAAGUAUUUCUAUGCCCCUCUUGCAAAAAUCUCCUUGCCUUCCCUACUCAAGCUUCUACCCUAAAUGUAGUCAAGCACUGCUCUCGACUUCUCCAUUUACUAUAUUAUCUCCACCAUCCCUCUCAACAUGGAAAAGGAGGAUAUCCCCAAAAGCAGCGAGCAUGAAACCAUGGCGUCUUUGAGCGACAACCAGCGGCCCAUUGAAUUCCCUUCACCAACCAAACUCACUUUCUUAGAGCGAGCUCUUAAACCAACCGUCUACAUCCCCCGUUAUCCCAAAUGGAUGAUUGGCAAACGUCUUCUAUGGGCAACGUGCUUAUUUGGAUCAUUGGGAGAUGCCCUCUUUGGUUAUGACCAGGGUAUAAUGUCAGGGCUUCUCGUGAAUGAAGUCUUCGUGAAACGGUUCUUUGGUGCUUACGGAGGGCUCCAUGGAAAUGCAGGCACGGUCAAUCCAUCUCUCAUUGGAAUUACGGUAUCCUGCCUUCAACUCGCUGCCGCCAUAGGAUCACUUCUCGCUGGUGUUCUCGGCGACAUUAUGGGGAGGAAACGAUGUGUUAGAGUCGGUGGUUUUAUCUACCUCAGCAUGGCUUUUGUUCAAGCAUUUGCCCCAAAUCUUGCCUGCUUUAUUGCAGGACGAACGAUUCAAGGCCUUGGUGUUGGGUUUCUUUCCAUGACCGUGCCGGUCAUCCAGACCGAGAUAGCUGCUCCUCAUAGGCGUGGCUUGAUGGUGGGCGUAGAGUACACGUUUUUGAUUGGUGGCUAUAUGCUCUCCUGCUGGGUGGAUUACGGCUUCAACUUUCUGCUUCCAGACAACGUUUCAUGGCAAGGCCCCUAUUUCGUCCAGAUGGGCUUGUCUUUCAUCUUAUUCGCGAUGUCAUUUUUCCUUCCAGAGACGCCUCGGUGGUUAGCACGGAAUGGAUUUACACAAGAAGCCUUAAGAACCGUUGCGGAUCUCCAUUCAGGGGGUGACACCAGUGAUAAAGACGUCCAGCAUGUCUUUUUGGAGAUACAGGAAGCCGUACGCUAUGAAGCGACGCUAGGCAAAGUUACAUUCCGGGAAAUGUUCACCACAUAUCGGAAGCGGACAAUUGUCGGUAUUACUGCUCAGAUGUUUGCACAGUUAAAUGGAAUUAACGUCAUCUCAUUCUAUCUGCCAAGCUCUCUUGCUGCAGCCGGGUUUGAUAACCGGCGGUCACUGCUUUUCACGGCUGCGAAUGCCGUCAUCUAUACUUCUGCUACAGUUCCAGUCUGGUGGCUUGCAGAUAGAUGGGGGAGACGCCCACUUUUGAUAUUUGGAGGAAUUGCCAUGGCGGUGGCUCUCAGCAUCGUUUGCGUUUUCAAUCAAGUGCCGGGACUCGACGUGCAUGUUCGAGCCAACGGUAUCUACAGUUUUGUUGUCAUAUAUAAUUCCCUGUACGGUGCUACCUGGGGUCCUAUGCCUUGGCUGCUGCCAGCUGAGAUUUUCCCCCUUCGAGCAAGAAGCAAGGGCAUGGCUCUUUCGACAUGUUCCAACUGGAUAUUCAACUUCAUCAUCGGCAUGUCGUCCCCAGAUGCAUUUGCGGGCAUUCAUGGUUACUACUACGUUGUCAUUGCGGGAUUCUGCCUAUGCUCUGUUGCCCUGGUAAAAUUCUACUACGUGGAGACCGCCAACCAUACCUUGGAGGAAGUGGCUGUGGCAUUUGGGGACAAGGCUUUCUUACGCCAAGACGACCACGUUAUGGCCUCUGCUCAAUUAUCCCGGCGCGUUUCUGUAAAAGACGGCGUUGACGUAUAGAUAGGAUUAGAGUAGCCGUUAUGGAAACUAGGAUUUCGUAACAAGUAGGAUCAGAAUGCUAAUUAUGGCUAUUUUAAAACGAACAAGUUGGUUGGAGAUGUGGAGUUAUGUAGGUGCGGGAAGAUCAACGGGGUUAAUUUUCCCACUGUCGCACAUAGGGGAUGUUGGAUUGGCUAGAUAGAGGCACAGACCGACGACCCGGACCAAUGAUACGCAUCAUUCACCUCUGUCAAAGCUGCG